GGCAAUACCCAGCACAGAUGAGGUGAGUUACGCAAGCAACCUGAAGAGUGGGGAGUUAAAAAAAAAAAAGCCAUCGACAAAUUAAACGGACAGGCAGACCUCUGCAAUAGGGAGGUGCUUCAUUUCCAGAUGGGGUGCACAGAGAGGGUAUAAAAGUGCUCCUGUCCUGGAAAGCCUCAUUCCCUCCUUGUCCCUUCGCUGCACGAGCAUCUCAGGUCACCCUAAAACACAGCAAUGUGCUCUCGCCAGGACAAGGACCAGUGCCACAGGCAGGAGCGCUACACCUGCCAGACCAGCGGAGGCUGCCACGGGAGCAGCGGUGGCUGUCACAGCAGCGGUGGCGGUGGUUGUCACAGCUCCGGCGGUGGCAGUGGCUGUCACAGCUCUGGCGGUGGUGGCGGCUGCCACAGCUCCGGCAGCACUGGUGGCUGCCACAGCUCUGGCGGCACUGGUGGCUGCCACAGCUCCGGUGGCAGCGGUGGCUGUCACAGCUCUGGCAGCAGUGGCAGCUGCCACAGCAGCAGUGGCUCCAGCUGCCACGGGAAGCCACAGGUCCAGUGCCAGCAGCAGCAGCAGCAGCAGCAGCAGGUCCACCAGCUGCCCUCGCAGAAGCUGAAGUGAUGGGGUGUCCCGCACACUCCAGCUCCAGCAGCAAAGGCCGCACAUGGACCAGCUCCCUCCGGCCUCCCCAAAGCUUUGCAAGCCCCGGGAGCUGCCUGGCUGCACACCCUCUCCUCUGCCCUCCAGGACCAUCGCUCCCUAUGGAAGGGGCAUCACUUGUGGUUCCCUGCUGCCUCCGCCGGAUGCACCAGGCUGUGCUUUGCCCCCGUGAGGGGCCCAUGAGACAAUAAAGCAUUAAGUUCCCAA